AUGUCACAACAUCAAGAUACAUCUGCUUCUAAAAAUACUAAGUCUACUCCAAAAUUUAGUGUUCCUCCCAUGGGCGUCCCUGAUGAUGAGAUUCUGGAUGUGGCUCAUCUCUCUAUUAUUCCCGCCGCGGACAUUGAUUUGAAACAACCCAUCUCCAUUGAUGCCUCCGCUUCUGCGUGUUCCAAUCAAGGUAAUCCCUCUAGUAUUCCAUCUGGUUCAACUUCUAUCACUAAGUAUAAGGAAGAAACACACUAUACUGAUCGUGUUAUAAGAGACAUAGUUACUACAAUUCUUAAUGAAUGUCACUCUGUGAAGGGGGUUUCUACUCCCCUUGCUCAAAUGUAUCCCCCUCCCGAGGUUGAACAACCUAGUGGUAAGGGUGAUGAUUCCUCCAAUUCUGAAAAGGCCUUGGCUGCUGAAGGGUUGCGCUCUCUAGGGCAAACCGCGUCUGACAAAGGGAAAUCGGUGGCCUCUAACACGGCUAAUGCUUCCCACUCUGAGAAGCAUGAUAAUGCAAAUGUUGUGAUUGAUCUAGAGGAUGGUAGCUCUGAUGAUCAAGAGGAAAGCUUGAUUCAUCACAUAAAGCCAAGUGUGGCUAAACGCAUGAUGACUCGUAAAGGAAAAUAUGUGGCUGAACUUAUCAAGGUUGAAAUAAAGAAGAGGAAGGUCAGAGAUGAUCUUGAGCCUGAAGAGGAUGUUGAGGAAGAUGUCCCUGACAUCUCGCAUGCGAAGAAAACUACGGUUAGGAAGUCUCCAAUUAAAGUACCUGUUGUUCAUUUGGAUAACAUCUCCUUCCAUCUUGAGGAUGGAGCUGCUAAGUGGAAAUUUGUGAUUCAGAGAAGGGUAGAUGUGGAAAGGAAAUUGGGAAAAGAUGUUGCUAAUGUCAAGGAGGUCAUGGACCUGAUACAAGCUGCUGGGCUUUUGAAGACUGUUGUUGGGUUCUCUCAAUGCUACGAAGGUUUAGUCAAGGAAUUUAUUGUUAAUAUUCCUGAGGAUAUUUCUGAUAAGAACAACAAGGAGUUCUGCAAGGUGUAUAUGAGGGGUAAGUGUAUAACAUUAUCUCCUACUGUUAUUAAUACUUUUCUGGCAGAAAUAAUGAGGGUGCAGGAGAAUUAG